AUGAGACCGAGGUAUAGACCCGCCAUCGAACUUCUCGGUAGUAGAGUUUGUUUAGUGGUUUAUUUCUUUCCACCUUUAGUCUUUAUUGCGCACACUGAUCCCUCAGCUCUCCAAAUCAAGAAGAUGCCCAAAUCCUCACCGUGCGUAUUCCCAUGGUCCUCCCUUUGGCUGGCAUCGUUGAUUAUUUUGAUGGUGCAGUCGGCUCUCUCUUCCUCCUCUACGUAUCAGAGACCUGCAGUCGCUGGGAAGCGCCACGGCUUCUUGGAGAGGACGCUGGUUCUCCUGGAUGUCAACACCCGCAGUUCAAUCAGAGUCCUCAGCGAAAACUUCCUCUCUUUGCAACUGGACCCCUCGAUCAUCAGAGACGGAUGGCUGGACUUUCUGAGCUCCAAGCGGCUCGUGACCCUGGCGCGAGGCCUGUCGCCUGCGUUUCUGCGCUUUGGUGGGAAGCGAACCGACUUCCUGCAGUUCAACAACCAGAAGAACCUCGCCAAGUUCAGAGGGCCGGGACCAGACUACUAUCUGAAAAACUACGAGGACGAUAUUGUGCGCAGUGACAUUGCACUGGACAAGCAAAAGGGCUGCAAACUGGCCAACCAUCCUGACAUCAUGCUGGAGCUGCAGAGGGAGAAGGCGGCCACCACGCAGCUUGUUCUGUUGAAAGAGCAGCUGUCCAACAUCUACAGCAACAUUACAAUAACAGCCAGGUCUUUAGACAAACUGUACAACUUUGCCGACUGUGCUGGCCUACACCUGAUCCUGGGGCUCAACGCACUGCACAGAAAUCCAGACAACUCCUGGAACACCUCUUCCACCCUCAGCCUCCUGAAGUACAGUGCUGGCAAGAAGUACAACAUCUCCUGGGAGCUGGGCAAUGAGCCUAAUGCGUACCGCAGCAUGGUGGGUCGUGCGGUCAACAGCACCCAGUUGGCUCAAGACUACACCAAACUACGGACCCUGCUGCAGUCUGUGCGGUUCUACCACCGAGCUCACCUCUUUGGCCCAAACGCAGGACGACCCAGGAAGAACGCCAUUCUGCUGCUGGAUGGGUUCAUGAAGAAUGCUGGCUCUGCUGUAGAUGCAGUUACGUGGCAACAUUAUUACAUGGAUGGCAGAAUAAACAAAGCAGAGGACUUCCUAAAAACACGUCUUUUGGACACACUUGCAGAGCAGAUCAGUAAAGUGACCAAGGUUGUGAACACACAUACUCCAGGUAAGAAGGUGUGGCUUGGUGGACUUGGGCCAGCAUGGGCAAGCGGCAUCAGUAAUCUCUCCGACACAUAUGCUGCUGGCUUUCUGUGGGUGAACACACUGGGUAUGGCUGCAUUGCAUGGGAUUGAUGUUGUCUUACGUCACUCAUUCUUUGACUAUGGAUACACACAUCUUGUGGAUCAGCAUUUUAACCCUUUACCUGAUUACUGGUUUUCUCUGGUCUUCAAACGUCUGGUUGGUCCCAAGGUUUUAGCUGUGCGAGUGGCUGGACUGCAAAGGAAGCCAAAACCAGGACGAGUCAUACGAGACAAACUACGUAUCUAUGCCCACUGUACCAGCUACCACAAUCAUAACUAUGUCAGAGGAUCCAUAACAAUCUACAUCAUCAACCUGCAUCGGUCAAGAAAGAAAAUCAAAUUGGCUGGAACAUUACGGAACAAGACUGUCCAUCAGUACCUGCUGCAGCCCCAUGGCACGGAUGGACUCCGAGCCAGACAUGUCCAGUUGAAUGGGGAAAAGCUGGUCAUGAUGAACAAUGAGACAUUCCCAGAGUUGAAACCCAAGACACUGAGGGCGGGACGGACAAUAGCUAUGCCGCCGAUGACUAUAGGCUUUUAUGUUAUCAAAAAUAUUAACGCUUAUGCCUGUCGGAGAUAACAUUGAUCCUUCAUCAUACCAAACCACCAACACCAGUUUCACUCAGAAUUUCUUUUUGAGAAAUGUCAAAUUUUCUCAAGUAAUCUUACAAACAGAACAGUUCUCUGGAUAACAAAAGCCUCUCAGCACUGAAAUCGGUAUUUCUGUGGAAAUAUUUAAAUGCUCAAGUAAAUCAAAAAUAAACCCAGGUUUUCUCAGUCCAAGACACACACUUGCACUUCUGUUGCUUUUCACCGGCAGUUCCUCAAAUGCUACAAGACUGCUGUUGCAAAAAUGCAAAAACACUUUCUCUGAUUUGGUGUAGCAGAGUUUAGCAUUUUAAAAGUUUAUUUACAGCCUCGUUUCAUAAUCUUUGACCAACAGAAUGAGGAGAAAAAAGAUCUGAACAGGCAGUUUUUCCAAACUGUACACAAGUCACUUUCAGUAUGACUUGAUCCUUUCCACAGAGAGAAAACAUGCCACGGUGUGUUACUUCUUAACCACAUGCUGUCUCUGUAGGUUUUUGUAUGCAUGGGUUUUAUUGAUAAAGCUACUGAUGUGUCUUUUCAGUCUGUUAAGGGUGGCACUCAAACCACACUCUUGUUUCCUUUGUCAUAUCAAAUGGCUGAAAAUUGCAAAUCUUUCUUUUCUAUUUUUUGUGUGUUUGUGUUCUUUGAGCCUCUUUUGUGCUGCACACUUCAAUUUAACUGCAGAAAAGCCAGGAUGCAUCACUAGUGCUGUUUUGCUGUGAUACACAGAUAAAUAAUGUGAACCCAUCAAUCACAUCGCCUGGAUCCACACAAAAUCGGACUAUAUAUAAAGAAAUCUAAAAUACUGAUUUUUCAGGUGCAUUUUAGCACUUCCUACUCUCUUUUCUGUGAUCUUCUGUUUUUAAUCUCUUAAUGCUGCUAGGUUUCUUUUGUACUAAAUAUACUAUAUAUUUUACAUAUUGUACAGGUUCACUGUCAUAUUAUUAGAUAAUGUAUUGUACAUAAAAAAGAGUGAUAAAAGUGUUUUAAGCUUGAUAUGUUUACUUACAUUCAGUAUACACCUAAUUUAUAUUGCUUUGUUUUCAUAUUUCUAUUAUAUAAGAGCUGUACUCAUGUCCCAAUUUUAAAGUGAAAUCUAAACAAACAAAAAAAAUAAAUAAAUAAACCCUGUAGGAAUGUAUUCAUUGAGUAACGGGAUGACCAACUGACUUUGGUAAAAAACAAAACAAAAAAAUACAUGGUGGUGGGUCAAAUUAAAAGACAGAAAAAGAACUACCUUAAGAUGGUUUAUGGAUUCACAUCUCUAUUUGCCUUUGUUUUAUUUCAAACUAUUUUGACUACCUUGUGCUGAAAAGUAAGACCACAGUCAGUAAAAAGGUCCCCUCGAGAGCUCUGAGAACUGACAUGAUUAAGAACAGUGAUAAGUGUCUAAACAUGUAAAAUAUAAAGAAUUAUCCUCUGAAUGUGUUUAUACUUAAUGUAGAGAUGUUCAUAUUUCAU